AUGGUUAUCUACGUCCUCGUCCGUCAUCAAGUUGGACGGAUUCGGGAAGAUUGUCCGUCGAUUGUAAUCACAAAGGACGACCGGAUCCGGGACCAGGACCAGCAGAACACACCGACGCUGCUGAGUCUGACCGGAAAUGCUGCAUCACGUUCCGAUUGGAAUCAAUUGAACUCGAACGGCACUGAAGCCACCGCAAAUACACAUUGUGAUGCUGCUCCUCUGAUUAAGGUGGACCAAAGUGAAGUGCCUUGUCCACGAAUACUGCUCCUACAGUACCAUCCACGGAAUGGGCUAUAUUGGCUCGCGGAGAAAAUCACCGCUGGAACGACUCUGGUGGUUUACGGUGUUUGCAGUUUCGCCGUAACCAUCUGUCCGGGGACGAAGAUUCGCAGAAAGGCUAUGAACUUCACCGCAGAUUUUUACCAAUUUAUCGACUUCGAGGGGAGUCGGGAGAAUCUCGAUAAAGACAGUUUUGUGUAUUUCAGAUUGGAACGGUUGUUGGCUAUUCUGCAAAUAUGCGACGAGUUUUUUCAUGCGGGAAGUUUAGAAUUUUCAGAGAGCUACGCUCAAACCGGGAUUGAUUUCGAUAUUGUCGAUAUAAUUCGAAAUAUGUCCGUCCCAAUUUUUGACAUCAUUCUAUCUUGUAGAGUGAACGGCAUGUAUUGCGAAGAGCUUUUUGCUGAAACACUCACCGAAGAAGGAAUUUGCUUCUCCUUCAAUGGAUUUUCAUCGCAUGACAUGUUCCAUGAAGGCGUUUUACAUGACGAGUACAGUUACUUAUAUGAAACUGAAAAUGUUACGGGUUGGACUUCGGAAGAUGGAUUCAGGGCAAGAAAGAAUUUUGCUUCGUAUCCAGUUCGAGCUCUGGGGUCAGGAUUCGGAGCCGGAUUGUCAAUGGAGCUGGCAACAUUGGAGGAAAACAUUGAGCAUCACUGUAGAGUGCAGCAAGGAUUCAAGGUGAUCAUUCAUUCUGCAGCUGAGUAUCCUCAGGUUUCCAAAAGCUUUGCCCUGGUGCCCUUUUCGCGAGAUGUUACAAUCGCCGUGCGUCCUGUCAUAAUGCAAACGUCCUCUGAGCUUCAGGAGUAUCCUCCACAUCGACGUAAUUGCUUUUUUGAAUAUGAACGACAGUUGAAGUUCUUUCGAGUGUACACGCAAAGUAAUUGUGAACUCGAAUGCAUCACUAACUAUACGCUGAAAAUGUGUGGCUGUGUUAAAUUUUCGAUGCCCCGAUCUCCGGGAACGCGUGUUUGUCAAACUUCGGAGAUUUCGUGUGUUCUGAAAGCAGGGAAUCGCAUGCUUCGACAGUCGGCAAAGCAACGGAUGAAGCAGCAGCAAUCAUGGGGCAGCGCGUGUGACUGCAUCCCAGGAUGCAGUACUAUUCACUACGAUACUGAGCUAACUCAAUCCAAAUGUGACUUCAAAAAGACGCUCGGCCUGAGGUUUACUCCACUCGUCCCUGGCAUCAAGGAAGACAUUGAUAAGUGUGAAAUCAGUCAGCUGAGCAUUUACUUCAAAGAGGUUCAAUACAUUGUGUCCAGGCGUAGUGCACUGUUCCGUCUAGUCGAUUUCAUUUCAAACUGCGGAGGAAUACUGGGUCUGUGUCUAGGAGUGAGUCUAUUUAGCAUCGUCGAACUUCUGUACUACUGCCUGGUCCGUCCCCUGCGUUUGGUACGGGAAUCAAUGACUGACAAGCAGGAUGUGAUAAUUGUCAAGGAAAGUGCAAAAAGUCGAUUCUGA